UAUAUGAACUUGGUGAUGUAUCAUCAAUCAAGCUAUUCAAUUUCAUCGUCUCCCAUCCCAUCAUUGAGAACCAUAGGUUCUUCUGGUGAAUCAACCAAGGAAUAGAGAGAAGAUGGACACAAAACAUUCAAGUGAGAGAACUUGUGCCUUGCUGGUCGGAGAUACAGUUUCCAUGGAUUCUAACUGCUCAUCAUCUUCUGGCAGGUACUAUAAACAUGAUGUGUUCCUCAGUUUUAAAGGUGCUGACACCCGCAACACUUUUGUGGACCAUCUUUACACUCAUCUCACCAGAAAAGGCAUUUUCACCUUCCAGGAUGACACAAGUCUCCGGAAAGGAAAAGCCAUUUCACCACAACUCGUGCAAGCCAUUAAAGACUCGCGGGUUUCUAUCGUUAUCUUCUCUAAAGACUAUGCUAAGUCUACAUGGUGUUUGGAUGAGAUGGCCACUAUUGCUGAUUGCAGUAAAGAAUUGAAACAAACCGUUUUCCCUGUUUUCUAUGAUGUCGACCCAUCUCAUUUACGAAAGCAAGAUGGGGUGUGCCAUAUUGCCUUUGCUUCACACUUUAGGAAGUUCAAAGAUGAUCCGGGCAAGGUUUACCGGUGGCAGAGAGCUAUGACAAGUUUGGCUAGUUCAGCUGGUUGGGAUGUCAGGAACAAGCCAGAGUUUGGAGAGAUUGAAAAAAUUGUUCAGGCAGUGUUAAGAGCAUUGGAUCAUAAAUUUUCUAGUUUUACUAAUGAUCUGAUUGGGAUACAGCCUCAUGUGAAAGAAUUAGAAGACCUUCUAAAAUUGAGUUCAGAGCAUGAUGAUGAUAUUCGAGUCUUAGGGAUUUGGGGGAUGGGUGGAAUAGGAAAGACCACUCAUGCUACUGUCUUGUAUGACAGAAUUUCUCAUCAAUUUGAUGCUCCUUGUUUUGUUGAGAACGUGAGCAAACUUUAUAGGGAUGGUGGUGCUAUUGCUGUACAGAAACAAAUUCUUCGGCAAACUCUAGAAGAGAAAAAUCUAGACACUUGCAGUACUUGUGAAAUAUCCAGAAUUAUAACAAAUAGGCUACACAGCACUGUUAAGAUCCUUGUAGUUCUCGACAAUGUUGAUCAGUUAGAGCAAUUGCAAGAGUUGGCUAUAAAUCCUAAAUUGCUUUGUGCUGGAAGUAGAAUAAUCAUAACUACUAGGGAUGAGCAUAUUCUGAGAGUAUAUGGAGCUGAUAAAGUUCACCAGGUUACACUAUUGAAUAAUAAUGAUGCUCGUGAACUUUUUUGUAGAAGGGCCUUCAAAAGUGAAGACCAAAGUAGUACUUGUAUGGAGUUGAUUCCUGAUGUACUAAAAUAUGCUCAAUGUCUUCCAUUAGCUAUUAGAGUAAUAGGUUCUUUCUUGUGCACCCGAGACGCUAUCCAGUGGAGAGAUGCCUUGGAUAGAUUGGAGAAUAGUCCACACAAGGAAAUUAUGGAUGUGCUCCAGAUAAGUGUUGAUGGACUACAACACGAGGAGAAAGAAAUGUUUCUGCACAUUGCUUGUUUCUUCAAAGGGGAAAGGGUGGAUUAUGUAAAGCGAAUUUUAGAUGCUUGUGGAUUACACCCUCACAUUGGAAUACAAAGUUUGAUUGAAAAAUCACUCAUAACCAUUAGAAACCAAGAAAUUCAUAUGCAUGAAAUGUUACAAGAAUUGGGGAAGAAAAUUGUUCGGCACCAAUGUCCCAGACAGCCUGGAUCGUGGAGUAGACUGUGGCUUUACAAAGAUUUCUACAAUGUCUUGGAGACAGAAACGGGAACAGACAAUGUUGAAGGCAUAGUGCUAGACCAAAAAGAAAAUGUCUCUAAAUGCAAGGCCGAAGGAUUGUCAAAAAUGAAGAGUCUUAGAUUGCUGAUAUUAUAUCAUAGGAAUUUUUCAGGAAGACUCACUUUCCUUUCUAACAAUUUAGAAUACCUUUUGUGGCAUGAUUACCCUUUUCUUAUUCUGCCAUCAACAUUUGAGCCAUAUUAUCUUGUGGAAUUGAAUAUGCCUCAUAGUAGCAUCCAACGACUUUGGAAGGGCACCAAGCACCUCCCCUGUCUGAGAAGGGUGGAUAUGAGCAACUCUAAGUAUCUUUUGGAGACUCCAAGUUUUGAAGGGAUUCCAAAUCUUGAGCGGUUAGAUCUUACAGGAUGCACAAACUUAUUACAUGUCCAUCCAUCCAUUGGAGUUCUUACAAAACUUGCUUUCUUGAGUUUGAGAAACUGUAGAAGUUUAAUCAGCCUUGAUUUUGGUGAUGGAUCUAAUCUAUGUUCUCUAAAAGUGUUACACCUAUCUGGUUGCACAAAACUUAAACACACCCCAUAUUUUACUGGCAUCUCAAAUCUGGAGUACCUUGAUAUGGAUCAAUGCAGAAGUUUAUAUGUGGUUCAUGAAUCAAUUGGGGCUCUUGUGAAACUUAGACUCUUGAGUUUGAGAGAUUGCACAAAUCUUGUGACUAUACCCAGCAGUGUUAAUACCAUGACAUCUCUCAUAACUCUAGAUCUAUGUGGCUGCUGUAAACUUAUGAACAUGCCCUUGAGAUGGAUUUCCAACCCUUCUUUUCAACUGAGGUCUUUGAUUUGUUUGAACCUGAGUUUUUGCAAUCUUCCCAAUGUCUCUGAUGCUAUUGGAGAGUUAAGGUGUUUAGAAAGACUAAAUCUACAAGGAAACAAUUUUGUUUCACUACCACCUACCACUCAAAGGCUUUCUAGUCUAGCAUAUUUAAACUUGGCCCAUUGCCAUAAGCUUGAAUGUUUGCCAUGGCUACCACCAGAAAGUGCUUCAUCGGUAGGAAAAUAUUUUAAAACAGAAUCCGGAUCUCGUGAUCAUAGGUCAGGAUUAUACAUUUUUGACUGCCCCAAGGUUGUCUAUAAUGAUCUGCUAUACUUCAACUUUGAAUUGCAAUGGCCCUUAAGGCUAGUUACGGAACCUCGUCACUUUCGGUGUGGCUUUGACAUUGUUGUUCCCUGGAAUAACGAAACAACACCAGUAUGGUUCAAUCAUCAAUUUGAUGGGGGCUCAACAAUAAGGAUAAUGAACUCUAGUGUUGAUGAUAGCUGCAUAGGCUUUGCCUUUUGUGUAGUAUUUAAGAAGGUAAAAAGUGGUCCUUCGAUUGCUAGUAGUUCUUCACAUGAUCCAUGUUCACCACAAUUGCCACACCCUUUUUAUCUUUCUUUUGAAAGUGACCAUACCGAAGAACGUUUUGACAUGGCACUUAAUUUGGAACCAGAGAGUAUUGAUGGGAGAAAAUAUCUUUGGAUAAUCUAUAUAUCUCGGCAACACUGCCACUUUUUGAAAACGGGAGCACACAUCACAUUUAAAGCCUACCCAAGUUUGAUGAUAAAGAAAUGGGGGUUGAACAUGCUAAUUGCGAAAAAUGGAGAGGCAUUAGAAAGGAGAUCUCCAAGACUAUGUUCCAAGAGGCUUGCCAUUGAUAAUGUAGAAAAAAGUAAUAGCAACUUUGGGCCAAAAAUCCAACUUCCAUACAAUUGGUUCAUUUCUGAAGAAGAUGAAGUAGAAAAUGAUCAAGCCGAGGGGAAAGAAAAUAAUCUCUCUAAUCUGGGUCUUUGAUAGGCCAACUACAGUGAAAGCACACAACAUGAUCCCUAAGCCAAAACAUUGUUAGAGGUUAUGAUGGAGUUGAUGUUACUAUUGUUUUCCUAGGGCAAAACAUUCUUUUGCAUUUUAUGAAGUUUUUUUUUUAUCUCGACACAUCACAAGAAAUUACAGAAACUUGAAAGCUUGUACAAAGUGCUCUGGAUUGGUUAUAAGGUAAUUCCAUGCUCAGUUACUUA